AUGGGCUCACCUCUCGGAGUAUUACUUGCCAACUUUUUCAUGGGGUGUAUAGAAGAAGUAGUCUUCAAGGAAACAGAGGAACCAGACAUAUACUGCACAUAUAUCGACGAUAUAUUCACCAAAACGAAGAACCAAGCCAACACAGAACAUGUAAGACAGCGCCUUCAGCAAGUUUCUGGAUUUAACUUCACUAUAGAAAGCAGCAUCAACGGCACCAUGCCUUUCCUGGACAUCUUCGUGAAGCAGCCGGACGAGUCUUUUAAUACAGAAGUAUAUGUCAAAGACACAAACCCUGGACAUUGCUUAAACGGAAGGAGUGAAUGCCCACAAAGAUACAAGGACUCUGCCAUCGGCGCCUACAUAUUAUUACAUUUUGAGGUGUUGUCAGAGGUGUUCUUUGUCAUUAUGUUUAAGAUGGCAGUAGAAGACUCAAACUCCCCUCGAGACUUCUGA